GGUAAAAUACGAUUGACUUUUCUGGAGAUGGUUAUUAAAAAAUCAUUUUUUUAAAACUUAUUUAUCUCAUAUUGUUAACUUAUUUGCUCUGCAUUGUGUAAUAGAAGUUUUAUGCAAGUAAGUUUUAGGUUUACGUUUUUAGCAGCAAAUUUUGCAUCUCUGAUUUAUCCUUGUCACUGCAGUCACGUUUAAAAAAUAUAUGACAGAAUAAAAUCUGGCAAAUUGGUUAAAUAAAAAAAGAAGUUUUAUGACUCAACAAUGAGUAUUCUAUAUAUUAUCAUACUAAUAUUUUCGUGCUUACCACUUGUAUAUUCACUGGAAAUUGAACGUAGAAAAUAUGGAGAUAGACUGACAAAUGGUAGUAUCUGUGAUGAAGGAACUUAUGUUAUGAAGCAAAAUGUGGCGCCAAUAUAUUGCGAGUCUCGCAUAAACGAAGCAGGAUGUGACUGGGAAUUUGACGACGCAAAUAGUCACCGUAUUGGCUUUGUUCCGAAGGAGAUAUUUAAGUCACCGAGUUUAAAGGUGAAAUUAUUAAAGAUGGCAUAUUUUCCAGAUGGAAAUUGUAGUAAUCACUCAAUCGGGAGAAUAGAUGUUCAAAACAUUGUUAUAAGUGGGGUAUCAGUUUGGGAUUCUAAAAUUGGUGAAAAUAUCAAUACGUCUUUAAUUUAUCAAUUUAAUUAUACAAGCAAAUUUCUCAAGGUAACUUUUAAUAACCACUGGGAUGGAAUGUUGAUCAAAUUAUUUAUAAAUUGUUUGAAUGAAACUGGAGAGAAUAUCAGAAAACACGCCGAAACAAGAUGUGUGAUGAUUAAAUAUGAAGGAAAUAUUACGUAUCCAAUCCCGUUACCAACAACACCACAACCUUCAACAGAGGUGCCCACAACAACAGCGUCAUCAUCGUCAACAACAGUAACAUCAAAUGCAACCACAACAAAAGCACUACCAGCAACCACAACAACAACAACAACGAAACAAACAGAAGCAUCCACAACAACAACAACGAAAGAAACAGAAGCAUCCACAACAAUAGCAACAACAACAACGAAAGAAACAGAAGCAUCCACAACAACACCAACGAAAGAAACAGAAGCAUCCACAACAACACCAACGAAAGAAACAGAAGCAUCCACAACAAUAGCAACAACAACAACAACACUAUCACCAAUAACAACAACGAUACCAAUAUCGACUUCAACAUUAACAAAAACAUCACUAUCGCCAACAACGAAAGCGAAUACAACAAAGUCACCUACAUCAACCAAAAAUGUAGUUUCUUCAAAUGCAAUACGAAAUGACGAUGAAAAAGAUGCUUCCCUUGUCAUCAUAAUUGGAACUGUCGGUGGUGUAGUACUUCUGAUAUUAAUCAUCAUAGUCGUGCUACUGAUUAUACGAAAAAGAAAUAGAAGAAGAAAAUAUCCACGAAAAGAAAAAAAUCAGAAUGUCGGCACUGAAAACGAAGAUAAUAAUAAUAUCAGCAACCCAACAUAUCAUGCAGAUAGCGACGAUUAUCUCUCACAAACUAACAAGAAUCAAAUCGAUGGAGAAGAAGAAACAAAAGUAAAUGAAAUGCCAGAAUACACCGUAGUGAAUAAAACCAAGCGUUGCUCUGUCGAAGAAGUUUCUAUUAACGACUGCGCUGAGGAUAAAACAAAAGAUCCAUAUAAUGAAGGAAAGCUUUAUUCUACACCAGUAGACAAAAAAGAAGCUUAUUUUCACAACAGUGAAGAUCUCUACGAUGAAGCAGUUUGCGUUUCAACACCACCAAAAGUAGUGUUGGAUGAGUAUGCUGUCGUAAAUAAACACAAAAAGGACACCGCAGAAAACUCUUACAGUUUUACGUGAAUCUCUUGCGUGAACUAUUUUUGUGGAAUUUUUUUUCUUGGUUUCUUUAAAAAGGACUGUACAGCAAUGCACGCUAUUUUAACCCUAGCAGACUUGCAAAUUAAAAUACGGUAGACGUCUAAUCAGACUUCGGAGAGUUAACGAUGUCAAUCUAACGCAGUGUUAAACUGUCUUUCGUAAUCUGUAAAAAUUAUAUCAACGCAAAAUGGUCAGCUAAUACAGGUUGAAUCAAGUCAAUCAUGAAAAAUGCACUUUAAUUGAGUUGGAGUUUCAUAUUAUAUAAUACAGAAUUGUAAAUAUCUCGCACUAGAUUUCGUUAUCCAUAUUUAUAUGUAACGAUUAAAUAUAAAAAUUCAAAAGGCAGGGUAUCCUUUGCAAUUUGUAAGACAC